ACUCUGGGCAACUUCAGAGGUGUCGCAACAGUCUGUGCGCUAGAAGCAGUCGUGCUAGAACCUCGAGACGGAGUGGAUGUGUAUUAUAUUAAGCCAAAGUGAAAACAGUUGUCAUGAAGUUCGCGUGAGACGUUGCGAAUAAUCGCAAGGGAAAUAUGGCGUGUGAUAUCUGGUGCAUGAAUUCAAAAGAGGCGCAAUGUCUGAAUAGUGGGAUGGUGAAGUGGAAAUUGGUGCUCGUUCUGGUGCUACUGGUAAUAGUAAGCAUUGUCGCUACUCAUACGGAAACCGAAGAACCUUCUACAGAUUUCAGCAGACACACCGUUAUACGGCCCAGGGUCUUUCACGGGAGGCACAAGAGGGAAAUCUCCACCACAAAAGAAAACGACGUUAACCACGUGGACGUGCUGACGAUCGGUUUCGAGGUCGACGGAAUCGACCGGGUUCUCGAUCUUUGGCUCAACACGGAUCUCAUCCCCGUGAGCUAUCAGGAGCGUCAUCAGCACGAAGGCGGCUUCAAGGUGCACAAGCCAUCGAACGUUGAACUUUGUCACUAUCAGGGUAGCAUUCGCGGAGUGCCUGGAUCCUGGGUAGCCCUGUCGACCUGCAGGGGUAUACGUGGCGUUGUCUUCGACGGAGAGACUCUUCAUCAUAUCCAUCCUCAACGGGACAGCCUCGACUCUCCUCAUUAUCUCUAUAAGCAGGAUGACCUGGUUACCAAUAAUACUUGCGGAUACCAGGGAACUCCGCACGACAUCCACAAGACUGAGAGGGCCAACAGAAUGCUGCGGUAUAAAAGAGACGCUGAAGCUAUCCGCGGUCCUUACAAUGCCAAUAGACAAUCCAGGUACGUCGAGCUGGUAAUGGUUAUUGAUAAAAAGGAGUACACGGAUCAUCAUGGGAAUUUGCAGAAGAUCUAUCAACACUGCAAGGAUAUAGUGAACAUUGUCAAUGCCCUGUACAUGCCGCUGAAUAUCUUCGUUGCCCUGGUAGGAGUUGAGGUCUGGUCUGAUACCGAUGAAGUGACCGUGUCCUCGAAUGGCGACAAUACCCUGACGAAUUUCUUGCGUUAUCGCAGGGAGAGACUAGUCAAAGAAAUGCCAAACGAUAACGCCCAGUUGCUCACGGGAACGCAUUUCGAAGGCGGUGUCGUUGGUAAGGCCCUUAAAGGACCCAUGUGCACCUACGAAUACUCAGGUGGAGUCUGCAUGGACCAUUCGAACGUAGUUGGUCUGGUAGCAGCUACGGUGGCUCAUGAGAUGGGUCAUAAUUUUGGUAUGGAACAUGAUUCGUCGGAUUGCGAGUGUCCCGAGGGCAGAUGCAUCAUGGCUGCGUGGAGUGGUUCGGCUGUGCCAGUUCAUUGGUCCUCUUGUUCCUUGGACUAUCUUGCUCUGGCCUUUGUUCACGGUAUGGAUUAUUGUCUGAGGAACAAGCCUCAGAAGUUGUUCGAAAGUCCUAUCUGUGGUAACGGAUUCGUUGAGCCUGGUGAACAAUGCGACUGCGGUCUCAAGGAAAACUGCAACAAUCCAUGCUGCAACGCUACCACUUGCAUGCUGCACUCGAAUGCAAGUUGCGCUACUGGAAAAUGCUGUGAUCUAACAACCUGCAGACCAAAAACAGCUGGGACUGAGUGUCGAUCCGUUGAACACGAAUGCGACCUGCCUGAGUAUUGUACUGGACAAAGCGAGUAUUGUCCCGUGAAUGUUUUCAAAAUGGACGGCGAGGUUUGCAGUAUGGGAAAGGCCUUCUGUUAUCAAGGUUCUUGCAGAACUCAUGACGAUCAAUGUAGAUUAUUAUGGGGGCCAACUGGAACUUCGUCCGAUGAUAAAUGUUACAGUACGAACAGUGAAGGAAGCAUGAAGGGAAACUGUGGAUAUAAUAGAGUGGAUUCGGUUUACGUAAAGUGUACCAAUGAAAAUACACUCUGCGGUAUGCUUCAAUGUAAACAUCUAAACGAGAGACUGGAAUUUGGCAUGGAGUCCGUAGCCAUUUUAAAACACAACUUUAUAAAUAAUGGAAAAGAGAUUAUAGCUUGCCGCACGGCUAUUGUGGAUCUUGGAUUAAACCAAGUGGAUCCAGGUCUCACGCCGGAUGGCGCCAAGUGUGGUCCUGGAAAGAUGUGCGUCAAUCAAAAGUGCAUGGCAGUUUCUGAUCUGCGAGCUUCCUUACUAGGCGGUAAAGCCUGUCCGAAUAAUUGUGGCGGAAAUGGCGUGUGCAACAGUCGUGGCCAUUGCCAUUGUAACAGAGGCUUUAAACCACCAGACUGCAUGGAGCUUGGAGUCGGUGGGUCGGAGGACAGUGGACCAGCGGAAGAUCCUAAUGCAAGAAACGACUUCGUAACGGCACUCUACAUCAUCUUCCUGGGUAUAGUACCGAUGGUGGCGUUACUCUCUCUCGGCGCGUGGUACACUAAAAGAAACGCUGGUCGCUACUGGAAGAAAGGUGCCAUGUCAGCGACCGAUCGCAGCAACAACGGCUUGUCGAUCAAGACGAUCGAUCGAUCGAGUCCGAUGCCACGAAACAUCGAGACGAUCGAUUCUAGCCUUCGCCAGGAUCCAGCGUGCGCCAGUCUGCUUCCCAAGGUCGAGACAGAUGAGCGGUACAACAAUAAUUUCUUUGGGCAGUUCAAAGGAUUCACGAUCAUACCGAUUAAUAAUCAGUCGAAGCCUCCGGAACCUACGAAGCCCGCGCCCCCGCCGCCCACGAUACCUACUGUAGCGAUAAAAACUAAUAUUAAGCCUGUACUGAGAUCGAAUACUUUGCGAAGCACCUUGUCAGGUGGCGUUUCUAAUGUUAAUCAGGCUUCCGUAGCACCAGCGUUGCCACCUCUGAAUCCUGGAUGCAACGCGAGACCCUUGAUCAGUAGUCCUGUCUUGGCUGCCACUACGUGCACUUCUAUGGAACUUAUUGCAUCCAAAGUACCAACCAGGCCUGCCCCAGACGUCCCGGUAAGACCAGCUCCUGAAAUUCCUGCGGUUUCGUACAGUUCACAAAAGUCACAGAGGCCGAACAGUACGCCCUUGACGAACGUUAUCUUACCGGAACCAGAAAAGAAACCUGAGAAAGGUAGUGCUUUGAAUAGGAUAGCCUCUAUAUUGCGACCCAGUUCCGGUAUCAUGAGGUCGAAUUCACAGCCAAAUUCACGGGACGACAAGAAUACAAAUUCUUUGCCCAGAAAUCAACAUCACAAGGCUAAUAAGGUUAUUGAUAAGGAGAUUUUGAGGAAUUUGGAAAUCUCCCAUCCGAUUCCACAAUCCGAAAUAGAGAUAUCGACACCAGCGAUACCGGUGAUACCAUUGACGGAGAAUGAAGAGAAGAAGAAUGUUGUGAUGCGGGCGCAAUCCAUGAGAGAUAAUAAAGUUACUCCCAGACCGGCUAUACAUACUUUUGGAUCUAUGCGACAGGCGAAUCCUCUCAAGAGGCCCACUAGCAUACCAGCCAGUACAAGACCAACUUCGCCACCUCCAGGACCUCCUACUGCACCUCCAGCUGUCGUGGCAGACAAAAUAUCCGAGACUGGAAUAAAGAUACCCGGUCUACCCGGUUACCAAAAUCCACCAGUGAAAAUAAUUCCAAAGGCAGCUGACAAUGUCUAUGACGAUUGUAUGAAUACAGUGUCCGAACAAGUUUUGACAAAAAUAAUGGAGGAGUCCCCGUCCAAUGAUAACAUAUAUGCUGUAAUAGAAGAAUCGGUUCCUGAGAAAAAUAGAAAGAAGCAGGAAUCACCGCUUAAAAAGAUACAGAAUGUCGAGAGUCAAUACAAAUCACCAAAGCCCAUAGAAGCUACUCCAAACAAAGGAAGUGGUACAGACUCCAUGGGUCUUCUGUCAGAGAUUGUGUCUGAGAUAUCAAACAGAAACUUUGACUCUAUAUAUUCGACCUCAACCCUAGCAAGAAAGAAACGCGAGAAAGAGGAGGCUGAUAAGAACUCUGAGGAAUUGGGUUCAAAUAGCUCUCUGGGGACAUAUACAAAUUCCAGUCACUAUAAAUCGCCCGGAAGUGUUUACUCAAACUCGGCAUCCGGUAAGUUUAACUCGGCAAGUUCAACUACCAGUUCCGGAUAUCUCAAUCCAUCCGUGCUGAACGUACCAAAAGCAGAGAAUAAGCAGGAGCCUGAGAAGAAGCCUCUUUCGGCGUUAAAAAAUGACCUGAAACUCGUGGAUAAGAGUAAAUUAUUGUCAUUAAAUUCAAAAAAUCCUAAUAUCAAUGAUGACAUGUCCAAGGAACUGGGAAUGAAGCCUGUAGACAGUACAGACUCCGGUAAACCAUUCUCUUCUGCUUCAAACAGAUCAAGUAUUGUAAUCGACAGGUCCAGCAAGAUAGAAAAAAAGGAAGAAGGUAAAGCGCCAGCCAAACCACCCUUAAAUAGAACGAAAACACCUCCCAAUAUUACAAAAGGUUUGACGACCAAGCAACAGGGUUCUGAUACAAAUUUAAAAUCUACUAGACAAGGUUCGGACCCUUCAUUGAGAUCAAAUAAACAAAAUGCAGAUAGCAAUUUGAAAUCUAAUAGACAAGGUUCUGAUACAAGCUUAAAGACUGUUAGACAAGGUUCAGAUACGAGCCUGAAAUCAGGAAGGCAAGGACCAACACUGAAUAAAUCUAACAGCAGUCUGAAUAAGUCUAAUGGUAAUUUAGAUAAGCAGGGUUCUAAUACAAAUCUGAGUACGAUGUCCCUGAAAGGUGUGCCUUGUAGUCCCAGGGGUAGUUUAGGAAAACUAAACAGUUCGAACAGUCCUGAUCUUGUGUCGAGUUGUUCGAACUCCAGUCAGAACAGUACAAAGUCACCGGAUGUCUUGGGAAGUAAUGCGAAGAUUUCCGGCGGUUUGAAAAGUGGUCAAAAGACACCGACGUUACCCAGGAACAUGAAGAUACCUUCGACGCCCCCUAAGCCAGCAAACGUGGCAACGAAAGCAGCUAGUUUCGCCGAGAAGAAAAAAUCCCCAACUACUAACGUGAACGUGAUUAAAUCCUUGUCAGUGACCACCAAGGAUACAAACAGUUCAAAGUCGAUGCAGCCAUCGAAAUUGCCUCAGAAAACAACGGAAGUCAAAGCCAUGGAAAUCACGUCUAAAGUGAAUCCAGUGCAGAAGGCAGCUAGCAGCAAAUCUAACGUUGCAUCCCUUCAGCAAAAGUUUGAAGUCAAUAAGAACUCGAAUCCUACAAGAACAAUGUCGAAUAUUUCUAAAAAGACCCCUGUAGUCAAAACAACGGAAGUAGGACGUAGCGUAAGUGCGAAGAAGUGAAACAGAGUGUCCCGGAAAAUUCGAUAGAAUCAGCAUUUUUUCUCCACUAACGUUUCGAGAAAAUCUCGUCUGUUAUAGAAUUAUCAAAUUUUUCGUCGCGCGUCACGGCUACGUGUAUGAAGUAUAUUUUUUUUAUUCGAGCGAUGAAAAAUGAUGAAGUCGAACAAAAACUAAGAAUGUUGCUUCUCCAUUGCUAGAUAUAAGCUUUAGCCUUGAGAAUGUAUUGACAUUUUGUAAAAUUGAUUUUCUUUUUUAAACAAAGUACAACGGAGUGGAGAAAAAGUUUGUGGGAGUAGAAUAAAAAAAAAGGGAUCACUUCUGUUAGUCCUUCGGGAGAUGAGUUGAGUGAGAUUGCUAUGACGUGUAAAUAAGAGAAUUGUAUAAAUUUUAAUAUUGUCUAAAAGAAAAGGAGCUCACGCUAUAUCGUAUCCAUGUAAAAUCAAUAACUGCCGUUACUACUACGAGAUUUUUUUAUGCGUUUAAGGUAAUUAUCUUCAAAUGCAAAAAUAACAGCAGGAUCUCUAUGAAUUAUUUUCAAAAGCUUGAUCUACCAUAUAUGGAACGAACCUUGUAAGAAAUUAUUCAACUCUGUGAUAUAAGUAAAGAAUAAAUAUGAAAGAGAUAGUAACACACUUCGCGCUAUCGUACGGAACGAUAUAUGCUGGAUUGUGACCAGAUCUGUCAUUUUAUAUUUCGGACUAGGUACAGACGUGUUGAAAAUGAGAAUUAUUUUCAAUGGCAACGAAGUGCGUCGAGUAAUACGACAAAAUAAAAAAAAAAGUCUAUUUAUCUUUAAAAGAGAAUGCCAUAUCUAUAAAUUCGAUGCUUAGAUCGAUAAGAUGAUUGUCUAUUUUGAAGAUUAAUUGUGGAAACAAUAAUGGAUAUCCUAAUCAUCCCGGAAUUAUUAUUAUUGUUUUAUUCGUCACCUUAAUAACGUUAUUGAAUUGCGACAUCGCAGAUGCGAAUUUAAGAAAUAAUUAACGUCUUGAGUGGUUCUUAUUUUGAUCACUGCCCUUGUUACUAUUUUUGUAAUACAAUAUCUAUGUAACGUAUUCAUUUCACGGAUUUCAAUGUUACAAUUUCGCUACUUGAUUCCUAAGAUCCAAAAAUGGCAUAUAGAUUGUAUCAAUGUGAUUCGAACAUUUAUAUUUAAAUCGGCGGUAUUGCUUAUCGGUUUUUGCAAAAACUCGAGAUAUUUAUUUUGACUGAUCCAUGUAAAUAUGUUUAUACGAAGCAUAUAGAGAUAAGCGAGAUUUUGUACAAUGUACCUUUGUGCUCGUAAGUUAAGUUAUAAUUUAUAAUAAUAAAUAUCCUCAUCAGGUACGUGUCCGGCUUCAGCAACUAGCACGUAAAACUCUAUUUAAUUAUAUAUCCGUUGCUUGUAAUAUCGAUGAAAUCUGGUUAACGAGAAACAACAAACUAUUAUUGAAUACUGCUGACAGCUAUAAUGACAGUAAUGAUCACAGGGGUGCAUUUAUUUUUUCCGAUAACGAGUAUAAGUUCGUUAUAACUCGUUCUAUUAUUAUCAAAGCAUCGUACGUCCAAGACAAUUAAAAGAAAACUUUUACGAAUAAAAGCAUCGCGCUAUAUAGUUCCUACUUACCGUGUAAUCGUUUGAACGCAUUUAAUUUCGCGAUAUUUUUUUCCGACUUGUGGUUUAAUAAAGCUUUCUCUCUACGUUAAGUUACUACGCAAUACCGUUGAUUGUUACUUGUUAAUUUCUUCACAUAAGAUAUACUACAUUUAAUACUAUGUUCUGCUUAAUUAAAAUGACAAUCACAGAAUCGCCUGUUAUUUUAUAAAAGCAGUCAUCGUGAUCUAAACUUAUGCAUUCUUGACUGACGACUCAUAACCCACUGAUGCCACUUGUUUCUCGGCAUGUUUUAUAGUGAAAGAUUAAAUUAAAAAAUUUAUUUGUGCUGAUGAAAGGGAAACAACAAUUUUGUCGGUCCAGAGAUGUAUCUUUUUAGAUUUUGGUUCUAUAGUAAUAAACGAGAUAGAUGUCCCUUUGACCUGUGAACUAUGAUGUUUCAUAAUUCAUCUGGUCAUCGAUACCUUUGAAAUGUAUAUUGCGUUCUCGAUACCAAAGAUCUAUAUAUGUUCGUUCACCAUUUAUUUUGUGUCGUAAACAGACACACAGUAUCGCUGGGUUAUACGCUACAGAUAAAUAGAUAAUCGACGACUUUAUUAUAACGUGUACAUUUCCUAUGGCAUAGUUAUAAUAAAACAAAUUCUUUAUUCCUAGUA